ACUACGUUUAUUCCGGCUUGUGAUUCCGUGGUGUCGGGUAUAGGAAUUGUUUUCCCGAUUUCUCGGGAAGAAUUAAUUUUUCGAUUCGUGUUAAAGUGUAGCUUGUUUGCCACCGGUGACAGUGUAUGUGGCGAGAAAACUAUUAGAACUAUUGGUUACGAAACUAUUCCAACAAUAGUAAAAGUAACGAAGAGUGUCAGAUAACAGUGAAAUCCGAUUCUGCACAAGUGACUUUUGUAAUAAGUGUUUAUACCUGGACAGGGAUUACUCUAACGUUUACCAGUGGCAACAAAUUCCGAUUACUGGUUGCUGAACGAUAAGUGUGCAAGUUUGCUUUUAGCAAUCGAACUUUAAAGCAAGAGCUCGGAUAUUGCACAACAUUCUCAUGAUGGCCCCUAAUGUUCUCGGGAACACGCUUCUCCUGGCGGAGGCGUGUAUAGAACAGGAAGACCCAAACAACAACCAGAUAAAAGUAAACAAAUCCAUCCUGAAUGUAAGAACUUCCGAACCUCUGACGACAACGCGUGUCCAGACGGACGAAAGCCAAAAGACUGAACAGAAAACCUCUACCACCACCACCAGCAGUAGCAGGCCCACAUAUCCGAGAACGUUGGUUUGGCGUAACAUCAUCGCGUUCAUCUAUCUGCAUGGUGGAUUUUUGUACGGAACCUAUCUGCUGUUCACGUCGGCCAAAUUCAGUACCUUUCUAGUUGCCCUCGCCCUGGGAAUGUUCGGUGCAUUCGGCAUCACGGCCGGUGCCCACCGGCUGUGGUCACACCGUUCCUACAAGGCCAAGUGGCCCCUCCGGCUGAUCCUGAUGCUAUCGCAGACGCUUGCCUUCCAGAACAGUAUUUUCGAGUGGACGCGGGAUCACCGGGUGCACCACAAGUUCACCGAUACGGAUGCCGAUCCGCACAAUGCCCGACGUGGGUUCUUCUUCUCCCACAUCGGAUGGUUGAUGGUUAAGAAACAUCCGGAUGUGCGGGAGAGGGGAAAAGCCGUCGAUAUGAGCGAUUUGGAGGCGGAUCCGAUCGUGAUGUUCCAGAAAAGAUACUACGCUGUCCUGAUGCCACUGCUUUGUUUCGUUAUUCCGACCUUUUUGGCGCAUUACUACCUCGAUGAGACCUUGUCCAACUCGUGGUACGUGGUAGCGAUCUUCCGAUAUGUACUGUCUCUUAACGGAACAUGGUUGGUCAACAGUGCAGCUCACAUCUGGGGAACUAAGCCGUACGAUAACAACAUUUCCCCCACGAACAGCACCUUCGUGGCAAUUGCGGCCGUCGGCGAGGGGUGGCACAACUAUCACCACGUAUUCCCCUGGGACUACAAAACGUCGGAGAUGGGUAAAUACAGUACCAACUUCACGACCGCUGUGAUCGACUUCUUUGCCCGAAUCGGUUGGGCGUACGAUCUAAAAUCGGUGUCGGACGAGAUGAUCAAGAAGCGAGUGCUGCGAACCGGUGACGGAACGCAUCCCUACAGUGAAGAGCGGUUACGGGAAAAAAUGGUUGAUUACAUCAACAAUCUGGACCAUGAAAAGGAAAAUAUGGUGUGGGGAUGGGACGAUUCGGAUAUGAACGAAGCCGAUCGGAAGGAUGCAACCGUCAGUAAUAAGAAGGAUCUAUGAAUAAGUUGGAAAAUAAAUACCUAGUGUAGGACAUCGAGAGACCCAGGAGUGGACUGUUACAUUGUUUAGGAUUUUUUUGUUUAUCUAAAGUUUGGCUUACUUAGGACGAUAGAUUUCUCUUGUAAGGCUCUACGCGAAUGUUCUUUUUGUCAUGCACUUUUCUGCGUAGACUAUAGUGGAAAUUGUUAGUGAUUGGAAUACCAGAAAGGAAACGUAGCUCAAAUGAAGUUGUAUUUAUUUGCUAGUUGGAUAUUUUUGCGUCAGGCAAGAGAUACCGUAACUCAAAAUCGCACACGGAGGAAUUAUGUAGAAUAAUUAGACAAUAAAGGAAAAAUCUUUUUGACAUUAUUUGUAGGAAAAA